AUGCCAUUUGCUCUGUCGCUUGUGGCCACAUGUGCUGCCGAGCACAGCCUGAGUAUCGACGCCGACAGGAGCGGGGCCGCUCUGUUCUGCAUCGCCUCACACCGACAGUCUGACGAGGACACGGCCGACCAUCGCCUGGGUAAUGGGAACCAGCGCGUCAAGUUCCACCCUGUGCGCCUGCUCGGCAAUGCGAUUGAUCGACACCUCAAUUUUGGUUUGCACGUCACCGCCGCUGCAGGGCAGACCGUGCUCCUUUGCUGUCAGCUGCGGCUGGAUGCAGGAGCUGGUGCGUCCCAGCAACACCAUGCGGUCUCUUCUGGUUGGGUGCGUCCACAGUGCGUUGCACCACGACGGCGAGGCAGUCGCACGGCAUCUCUUGGCCCACGCGCAUCAACGAAGGAUGCUUCUGUCCACCUGGCCGCCAGUCAAGCACCGCUGCGGAGGAUCAUUGGGUUCCGCGCACCCACACAGCACGAACGCCUCACAUUUCUUUGGUAUAUUGAGGAAGUGCGUGGCGCAGUAUGCUCGGAAACCACACCUUCGUCAAUACUUGGGAAGGCGGCGACGACCAUUCCGCUGCCGAGAGAUGCCGUCCUCAAGGAACUGCGACGCGUCUGUAGCCACAUGAGGAUCUUCCCGCACCACAUCCGCGCCUCUCAUGCUGAGCACCGGAUUUUCGUCUGCGACACUGUGAGCUGCGACGGGGUGGGCGUCUUCCGGCCACGGCACGCCAACGACUCCCUGGACUGUGUCAGACGAUCGGCCCUUGAAGCGGCCUGCGCCUCUCUGGGACCGUAUGACGCAGGCCGCUGGACGGCACGUUGUCUCUCGCUGCGCAUGCAUUCGGAUCCGCUGCGCUGCCACUUGACUCCCCGGACAGCCGCGCUGCCUGUGGAGCCUCACCGCACAGCUGCUGGCAGCCUUGCAUGCUCCUGCCGAGCGGAGUGUCCUGCCACUGAGCAUGGCCUCGGACACUUCCAGUUCCCCGCCUGGCAGCAGCAUCCCAAUCGCCAACACGAGUUCCUGCCGCCACAGACUUCCUCUCGGCGAUGGAGGCGCUCCUCUUUGGCCCACUGGCGGUGCACGACAACGGCGUCACCGAAGAGAUUUGCAUCAUGCCGCUUUCACUGGUGGAUUGAGGUCACACGGCUGAAUCCACAUUUCCCCAUGACACUGCGGAAUCCCACGCAGCGUGACAGCGAACGCGGACACCGUCAUGGCACGAUCUCUCCCGCAGGACUGCGUCACUGCCUGGCACGUGGGCUUCCUUACCGCCGUCAAGAGGUUAUAAUGGAAGGAUGUCCAGGAGGAAAGGGAAGGCGCGUACACCGUGUGACAGGCGCCUGUCGGCGUGGCGAGGACUCUGUUCCUGGUGCUGACCCGGACAUCGUGCCCCGAGUGGCGGCACUGCGCACGGGCGCGAUGCAACACCUUCCCACUCUUCGACAGGCCUGCACGCGCCCUGCGGAUCACAAGGAACCCUCUGUGUCGGUGGCGCCGUCCCUCCCUCACUGCGGUGACCGGCCCGCCUCUGCCUCCGCCGGAACCUCUUCCCGACGUGAGCACCGCAACUCCUUGUCGACCAGCGAGCGGUGGAUUGACGUCCUCCUGCCCAACCUGCGACAGCGUGCGCUUGUCCGUCCACAGUAUGAGGGCACAUGCCGGACGUGCUCAGCCUGGCGUUAUAAUAGUUUGCGAGGGCCUCCCAUGCGGAUGCCGCAAUGGCGCCACCGUCUUCUUAGCAGGCGCCUCGCGCGCAGGUUGCCACCGAAGAUCCAAGCAUGCCAGCAGGCAAGGCACGCAGGAAGGACAAACGCGGGUACUCGAGAUGGACCAGGCUCUUCCGCCACCGCUGCAUCACGGACGCCACGGGCUGCUGAUCCCCGACGGACCACGGGAGACUCCGCCUCAUCCACUGAGGGAAUGCCCCGUCGUUGA